UUCUGCCGCGGAUAUAUUCCUCGACCCUCUCGCUUCCAUCCCAGCUCCGAUAUUGGCAAUACGGCCCCAGACUGCGGUGGUGGCCGAGCUACUGGUGCAGUGCAGGCCUAUUUUCGGUCAAGAUCGAACGGGCGAUAAACAGCCUUUUGCACAGGCCCAAUCUUAUCUUCCGCUCUCUAGACUCCUCAGACGCUGCGAGGAGAUGCACUCAGGGUCGACUCUCGUCGACCUUCCCCGUCUCGUAGAGCCUCUAGCCGCUUGACUUCUUCGCAAGCUCGAGCUGACGAAGCGCCACCAGGAGUAGUACAAGACAACACACACACACAUCUAGAUGUUCUAGAAACAAUCACGCGGUGAACGGCACCUAAGAGUGGUUGGUUGCUGUGAACCUGACCCGGAAUCACUCAAAAGCAGCUGCUCGAAUUUGCGCGCGACUGCUCCAAUAAAGCGACAACCGUGGCGGACCCACGGCCCUCUCCUUUGCGUCGACCCCAUCUUGACUGCCCCAUCUUGGCUGUCCUGCUAGCGGACCCUGACAUGCAACCAGGUGCAGAUCGAUCUGAGGACGCGAGAAGCCAAGGAAUCGGAGCAGCUCCAGCGCGAGAUGUCGAAGCUGAUGGCGUCGAUUAAGAGAGCUGGGGCUGUGUGUGGCAUAGAAACGUCUCGUGCGAUCAUAGCCAGCUUAAAUCGUACAAGCCCUUGCUGCUCGAUAUGUUUGGAUUGUGCCCAGUCUGAUCCUUUCGUUGCCUUCUCUCGUGACUGAUGAUGGCUUGUGGGUGUGGUCUGGUCCUCGAGACAGCAAGAUGCCUGCUCUAGGAGCGCUGAUGUCCCGUUUUGCUCUCAGCCUCCUCAUCAAAUUUUCCGAGUCCGUGCAGCCCGUUGAAAGCACCUCCGAGGUAUGCCAAGCCCAGGCCGGUUCGACGGUCCGCACACAUCCGACGCCACGGAAAAUCCGUUGUGGAUGCAGAUGUCCUGCACAUGUUGUGCAGGAGUGUUUUCGGUAUAAUGAACCCAAAGCAAAGAUACAGCCCCAGAGAAGAUUCCCGCGCGCCCCGAUACGACUGGUGACUGCUUCUGGGGACAAAGCAAAGGUCGCCUGCCGCCAUAAUCCUAUCCAUUGGCCAGUCGAACCUGGUUACCGUGACGGGCAGGUCAGAGCCGCCGAAUUCUGCGUUUAGACCAAGAUUGGCACACUGUUUCCGGGAGUCCACAAGAAGCCUCAAGAAGCUGUCCGGCUGAUAUCUGCAAGUCCAGCAUGAAUCAGAGCGGUCCACGAUGCGAGCCUGUUUGAUUCCGACGAGCCGCAAGAAUGACUCAGUCUGACCCCGUAUUAUUAGGCACUGCAACCUUGUCGAUGGUUGCUCACUGGAGUUUCUGAAGCUCCGAAAUAAUGCAGCGAGCUGCAAAGCAACAGCUCUGUCCCAUGCAUGCCUUCCAAGGGGAUGGAAUUUUGGAAGAUGCUCGGACUGACCAAUAUUACAUCUUGUGGAGUGAACAUCAUUUGCGGUGCACGGUUGAGCUAAUGAUUGAAUUGUCAUUGAGAUAAAACAGUUUCAGAUCGAAUCAGGGAAUCUAGUCAACUCAGGUUAAAAAACACAAUAUAUCUCUGCCCUUUUUAGUUCGAGGGGCGAUUGCAUUUGGAGCCUGAAGGGGAUUUUGAAGGCCCUCUCCACAAUCGUACAGAAAAGUCACGAAAGCAAACUUCGACCUCAUGCUAUCUUUGAAGAAAUGAGAAUACGAGAAAGCUCGACGACACUUCUCGAUCGCAACCUCGGCUAUCAACCAUUUGGCAUUCGCUACAAGAGCUCCUGAUGGAAUAGCUCUGUAGACAGAGGGAGACACGCGCUGAAACAGUAGUAGCAGAUUUCAGGGUCAUCUGAGUCUGAAGAGAGAGCUAUUUCCUCGUCUAUUGACUCGAUGGCGACGCGAACGAGACGCGUCGCAAGAAAUUGAAUAAUUGAUGAUGUUUGUCAAACGCGUGAUCGAUCGCUCUUGCUUUUUGCCAACUCGCGCUCGAUCCAUCAUCUCUGAUCCUCCGAGACCUUGAAACCCUCUUACUAGACACGAUCCGGCCAUAACCAUCCUAUCUCAAUUCAUCUCCCAGCGUCCGGGAUCCACGCGCCCCUUGAUUGUCAGGCUGGCCCACAAUUGGAACAACGGACACCAUCUCAUCAGUCGGCGCCACGGAAAGCAUCUCAAUCUCGUCCCCUUGACCGCCGAGGAGCAGUUUCGUCACGUUAUAGCGCGAAUCGUUCUGAGCACCAUGGCGCCCGAGACGCAUCCUCCUAAACUUCGACCAACGUCCGCUGGCUUGAAACAGGUUGAUCCGUAUUGGUACCCAUACACGACGUGGGCGAAGCUACGGUGGUACAAUCGCGAACUCUUGGAAGUGGUCUCGACCGAGUUCAGAGACAGGUCGAUGGAAUAUUACAAAUACGCUUUGGAGUCCGGGGUAACGACCGUCAAUGGGAAGGUUGCGGGCCCUAAAACGAUCAUCAAGAACGGAGACCUUAUAGAAAACAUUGUCCAUCGGCACGAGCCUCCAGUGACAGCUACGCCAGUCAGAGUUUUACACCACGAUGUCGAGCGCGAGUUUAUUGUCGUUGACAAGCCUGGGAGCAUCCCUGUUCAUGGGACUGGGAGAUAUUUCAAGAACACCCUGAUCGAGAUCCUCAAGGACGAGUUUGGAUUCAGGACAUUUCCUGUAAAUAGACUGGAUCGACUCACCUCCGGCUUAAUGAUCCUCCCCCUCUCGUCUGAAUGCGCCAAGACGAUUGCUAGAGAGUUUGAAGUCAAUACAGUGCAGAAAGAGUACAUCACUCGAUGCAAGGGCGAGUUUCCGGCGGGCGUGACGGUGUGCGAGGAGCCGCUGUUGACUGUCGACCGUCAGAUGGGGUUGAAUAUCGUCCAUCCCGAGGGAAAGCCGGCGAAGACAGUUUUCGAGCGCAUUCGAUACGAUGAAAAGACUGAUAGCACGGUGGUCUUGUGCAAACCAUAUACGGGACGAUCACACCAAAUCCGGGUACAUCUUCAAUUCCUCGGGCAUCCCGUCGCCAACGACCCGGUCUACUCUGAAACCAAGAUCUGGGUGCGUUCGUACUAGCAGCAUGUCGGGCCGAUGACACUACUCGAAUGAUGCAGGGUGAUGGCCUUGGUGUAGGCGGCAUCGACACAACACCGAGCGACGAACGAGCAGCGCCUCAGCCGCCGCCACAUCUGGAGUCAGAAGGACUGGGGAAUCCAGAGUCUCUGGCGCAGACCGGCCCGGGGGAGCCGGCCGAAAGUUCCAAGCCAAAACUGCUUCCGCGUGAGACUGGCGAGGAUAUCGGAAUGGGCUCACCUGUACCGCUAUCCCAAGAAGCCGUCAAUGUCAUCACGCAACUGCGCAAUAUGAAGGACGAAGAAGAGGAUUGGAGCCGAUGGAGAGACGUUAUCUUCCGUGUCAAGGGCGCGUUAUUGCCGAAGGACCUGGUGAUUCGAGGGCCAGCUAGUCGGCGGAACCGAGACCAAGACACACCCACGUCGAAAUCAAAGAAUGCGUCGGAAGAUUCCGGGGCGAGAACUCUCGACGCGUUGGCUUCCGGCGAAGAUGUGACUCUCAGGCCCACGAUUGGGUCCCAGCCGGACAGCGAUCCGGGACGCUCUGCAUCUGGGCCAGACGCGCUGGGCGGGGCUGAGCCCAUCUCUGGGCUGGGCCUGACCGCUGACGAGGCAGUCGAGCGUGCUUCCCAGAUAGAAGGGGCGAUGGAUGAUGUCACGGCUGUGCUCGCAGAAAGUGCGUACUGCCCCGAGUGCUAUCUGCCGCUGCAUCCGGAUCCCAAGCCUGAGAAGUUAUACAUCUUCCUGCAUGCGCUGCGGUACAGAACGAGCCUGGGUGAAUUCGCCACGGAAAUGCCGAAUUGGGCGGCAGAGGAUUGGGAAUGGGAUAGGACAUAGACCGGGUGUUUUGCUAUCUUGUUGAUUUGUUCGAGGAAAAGAUGGGUGGACGGCCGAGGACGAAGUGUCUGCUGACAUCCGUCGCGCGCGGAAAACCUGAGAUCAGCCACGGUUAGUGCGGUCGCCGAUCCCUGGGAUGUCAGUCAGCCUUGCUAUGCCCCCGGUGCACAAAUACUUUUGGACAUCCCGUGGUGGGAGCUUGGCUCUGUGUGAAACGUCGUUCAUUAUUUGCCGCAACGUAACGCGGUUGAGCCAGCUGCAGCAGCCCAGUUUUUUGUUCGGACGAGAGUAGAACGACCGUUUCAUACAUACAGGCACCAUGGGCUUCAAGAUUAACGCCACCGGCGCUGGGCGAGAUCUGAGCCCGUCACUCCGAGCAAAUGAACGUUCGGGCAAUAACAGGGCUCGGCCGAGCGUCAGAUCUCAAUAUGUGUAAUUAUUCGCCGGUGUGCUUCGGAUACUUGCUCUGGCCUAUCCCUUUAAGGCCUGCAUUUUCCGCGGAUAUAAAUGAACCACUCAGCCUUACUUUCUUUCCCCUCUACUAACAAUGGCCAGCCUCGCCUUUCUGCUCUCAGGCGCCUGCGUCCUCUACCUCUGCUGCUCCCUCGUCCUCCGUCGGUGGAGACGAAUCUCCCUCGCCGAGGUACCUGGGCCCGAGCCGGUGUCUUGGCUUUUGGGGAAUAUGCCGCAGCUGUUUGGUGGUCAAGUGGGAGAUGCAGAGUUCAAGUGGCAAGAAAUUUAUGGAGGCGUCGUCCGCAUCAGAGCCCCUUUCGGAGAGGACACAUUGCUCGUGACAGACCCCAAAGCAUUACAGUACAUCUACCAGACGUCGGGCUACCGAUUCCACAAACAACCCGAACGGAUCGAGUUGACGAGAUUGAUCAGUGGCCGGGGCCUUCUCUGGGCAGAUGGGAAUGACCACAAGAGACACCGGAAGGUGAUGCUUCCAGGUUUCAAGUCAUCCGAAGCGAAGGCGCUCGUCCCGCUUUUUUUCUCGUGUGCAGCUCAGAUCGGCACGAAGUGGAAGGAUCUGAUCGCUCAAACACCGGAGCAAGCGACGGUUCUGAACGUGACCGGAUGGGCUUCACGAGCCACGCUAGAUGCUAUCGGCGCAGCUGCAUUUGACUAUUCCUUUGGGGCGAUCGAGAAUGUGGACAACCCAGUGGGCUCAGCCUACAACAGUCUCUUUACCGACACAUUCGCUUCUCUCUCUGGCGUGAGCCUGCUUGCUCUUGGGGUGCUUCAAUAUGUUCCACGUCGGAUGCGGGAAUUUCUGGUCGAUCACAUUCCCGCCCGUGGCCUGAAACACAUCCGAUACGCAGCCAGAGUGACGAAACGCGUCGCGCGAGAGCUGGUCGCCUCCAAGUCGGCCGCACUCCUGCAAGGGAAGGGCAACCGGGACAUCAUGAGCUUACUGGUGAAAGCUAAUGCGUCCGAGAACGAGCAGACCAAGCUCAACGAGGACGAGUUAUUAUCCCAGAUGCAGACCAUCAUUAUGGCGGGCCACGAGACGACGGCGAGCACGUUCAGCUGGGCUGUGCUCGAGUUGGCGCGUCGUCCCGACAUCCAAGCACGACUCAGAGCCGAGAUACGGAGCAUGGAACGUGUGGUUCGGACACACGAGGCUCGGGAGUUCAACAGUUCUGACAUCGAGAAGAUGCCCUACCUGGAGGCGUUCGUCAAAGAAGUGCUACGGUUCCACCCCGUCGCAUUCAGCAAUUACCGACAGAGCGCCAACGACGAUGUGCUACCGCUCUCGAAGCCCAUGACGCUGAGCUCCGGCGAAGUCGUCUCAGAGUUGCCGAUUCCUAGAGGCAUGAAGGUCAUGAUAUCGAUCGCAGCUUACAACCGCAACAAGGAAAUCUUUGGUCACGACGCGCAUCUCUUCAAUCCCGAGCGCUGGCUCAAUGGCUCAAUGCGGAAACCGGACACACCAGUCGGGGUUUACGCCAAUUUAUUGACAUUCGCGGGUGGGCUGCGCACUUGCAUCGGGUGGAGAUUCGCGUACUGCAUUUCAUUUUGCCUCGACGCUCUCAUCCAAACUCACGCUCCCAUCCGCAGCGUACUCGAGCUUCACGCUUUCCUGAUCGAACUCGUCGGCACAUUUGACUUUUCGCUGACACCUGAAGCAAUGCGAAUACGUAGGGAGGCAUGCGUGGUCAUGGCCCCGACAGUCGAGGGUCAGCGAGACAAGGGGACUUGCCUGCCCCUCCGAGUCUCGAUAGCUUCAAGAGAGGAUUCCUGAAGCCUAUAGUCGAAUUGAUUUCAACUCGGGUCUGACUUAGCUUAUACUGUAUUGCAAUGUGAGACAAGCUCGCAAAUGACA